GAGGCGGCAAGUGCCGAACGCGCAGGGAGGGGGAGGGCGCGACUGCCCGUUUCCUAUGCCAGGCGGUGGGAAGGAAGCCAGCAGACUGCUGCGGGGGAAAUAAUUAUUUUGCUGUAAAUACUGAGACAAAAUAACAGUGGUCUGUGCAGGUGGUGGAAUAGAAGGAAUGGGAACCCCCUUGUUCCCAGCAUUUGAAAGGAGGCUCAGGCUCAGGGCACAAUCCUGACAGAAGAAAGGGGCUCAGAGGGGCAUUGCAAGAAUUUUCCUGCCAGACAACAACAUUUGGGGACAGAAGGGAGGAGAGCAUGCAUCUAAUUGAAUAAGUAACUUUGGAGAAGGUCAGAGGCUUCUGUUAUCCUUAUUCUGGGAACAGUUUGAGAACUGCGAGACACAAAGAAGCCCAGGCGGGCAGAGUUACAGGCAGAAACAAAGGAAUGGGUGAAUAGCAGCUGGUAAGCUUCAAAGGUUGGUAUAUAACCAGCAGCUCCCAGUUCCAGAAGACAGGAGUGCAUUUCCCCCAACUAAGUUGCAGUUCUGCUGCAGGGAAACAGGGAACAGUACUGAGGAGCUGGACAAAAGGAUGAAUGUGCUUUCGAUGGAAACAGUCAUUUGAAAGGAAAAUACUUCUUUUUCUCUGUAUCUCCCUUCUGCCACUCUUUGUCAUCUGCCUGGCCCCUUUUCCAGCUGUUUUUCUCAGUCUGCAUUUUUCCUUUACCAUCUUGAGAAAGUUCCUGCCUGCCUGGUUUUCUUUCCUGUUCAUUUACCUCUUUUUGACUCCUGUUUUGCCCUUUUCUGUCUCUUUCUCCAUUGUCUUUUGAUGAAUGCUGUUGCAGUGAUGACUUAAGAUUUCAGUGCCUGUUGGGAAGGAUCUGAUGCAACCACAGGGUGGCUAUACCUCGCAGGCACUCUGCUGCAUUAAGUCUGAUAAACAUCUGCCCUGCGAGCUAAAGAGCUUCAGGCAGCAGGUUGAAUGUCUCCGAGUUUAUCCCCAUCGUGUUGAUGUUAUCCUCUUCUGUCCGGCAGUUCUGUGCCCAGAUCUGAUGAGAGCAGGCAAUCUGGGUUUUUUUUCCAAGACUUCUCUCAUUCGUGGGGAGUUGUUUCUUCAUCUUUUCUUCAUCUAACUCUGAUACCCCCUCUCGCCACCUUGCUGGUGUGCCUACACACCCAUCGUCCCUUGCCUGCCUUGAGCCGACAGAGGUGACUGAGGGGCGGGCUCCUGCAUCUCCAGUUCUGGUCUCCUCUCGCAAGGUCCGACGCCAUGAUAGGAACUGUGCUUAGGAGGCUCCCUGCGGUGUGAGGGAGCCUUUCCUCCCCUUUCCUCCCGUGCUAAGGCCAGGUGCUACGGGAGGUGCUAAGGGAGGAGGGGGACAGAGGUGCCUCUCAGGGAGGCCAGAACUAGGUCAGCGUAGCUGGAAAGCGCAGCUGGUGCAGUGCGAUGGGGGGCGGAGAGCCAGUUAUAUCCAGAGGGGAGCGAGUGGAUGGAAGGCGGAGGGGUCUUUCUGCGAAGUUGCAGGGGCGGGGCAGCGUCCUGCAGGCCUGUCGCAGGGCUGCUAGCAGACCCGCCCCGCUCCCCAUCCUCCCCCAGCCCCGAGCCCCCAGCAUCCGCCGCCGGGCGCCCGCCGAGCCCCUUCCCAGCGCUGCGCCUCGGGGUGGGCAGGGGGACGUCCGCGAAAGGGCAGAGAGAAAGGAAGGAGGGGAGGAAGGUAAUGCUGGAGGAGAAUUGAGGAAAAAAAAAAAAAAAAGAUGUUAAUAAUGGAGAAAGGAGGCUGGAUGGAAAUGGAGAAAAAAAUCUGGGCAAUGAAUAAGGAACAGAUGGAGAAAUGUAUAUUAAAAUAAGGAAGAAGAGAAGCGUGAAAGUCAACAAACAAUGACAAGUGAUGUUUCAGCACUUGCAAUUGGUGCAGUGGGGAGGUCAUCUGCAUUCCUCACGGUGCCCAGGCAAAAGGACGCGCGUCCUCCUUGCCAAAAUCCACAGGGCAAUAAGCUGCUGCAGCCAGACGCUGCAAGCUCACCAUCGCCAGUAGCUUCGGCGGUACAGAUGUACCUCGCUACUGCCCAAAGGUCAUGCUGUUACCACCCUUUGGAAUGCAAUGAAAGCCCAUUUCAGUACGAUUUGCUGAAUGACCGUUUGCUGAAUGAAUGGUCUUGUUUGACCUUUUCAGUGUUCUACAUCAACAUUGCCUCCUCUGUUACAGCUCCAAGGAAAUCUAGAUUGCGAGAGUUGUGUCCUUUUGUCGUUGCUGUACAGCCAAAGCCUUACUUUCUCUGACUUUUUAUCCCUCUUCCCAUUCCCUAUCCCUUUUCCCUUUUCCCUGCCCGUCUCCCCCGCUGCCCAGUGACAGCUUUGCCCACACUGCCUUGUCUCCAUCAUUCCUGGGCUCACCAAUCUGCUCGGAGCCGUGCUGCCGGCAGAAACGCACAUCCACACCCACCAUGCCCUCCCAAUUCCCGUUUUCCAGCACCCCCACCCCACCCCCCCCCCGUCUCUUCUCAUCAACCCGGCUACAUCCUUCCUGGCCUGACGCUGCCAGCGUGUCUCCUCCCUUCUUCCCUCCCUCUCGUCCUUCCCCAUCCCUCCCCCUUCUCUCCCUGCAGUGCUUCAAGCCCUCACUGCAGUGCAAUCCAUCACUCCCAGCAAGGUCCUCACGCCAGGGGAGGGGGAAGCCUGGCUCCCUGUGAGGCUGGGGGUGGGUGGGCAGGGAGUGCAACUAUCUCCUCCUUUGCUAAGAAGUGAGAAAAGCUCACAGAAUACAGACCAUUCCAGAAUUGAAACCUCCCAUCUGCUCCCAGCUAUUUUAUUUAUCCAUUUACUUAUUUAGUCUCUUUGUUUUCAAAGAAAAAUAUGUUUCUGCCAACAUUCCAGUGAGGGCGACUGGGCAACUGAAAGGAAACCAAGGAGACAGAGAGAAUGCCAAAGUCAGAAAAGCUUGUUCAGAGAGAAAAACCGGGAGAAAGAGCACUAAGGGGAGGAAAAGAAAAAAAAAUCAAGAAAGAAAAAGGCAUAUACAGAAAUAUAGGAAUAAAUGCAGAAAUAGGGGAAGAAAAAAGACUAGGUGCAGGAAAAGGAAAACAUAGCAAAAAAACCCAAGAAUUAAAUUGGUGAGAAACCUGAGAAGGCAAGAAUGGCAAGAAAACUCAAGGAGGAUACAAUAAAUAGCCAGAGGAGCCUUGCUAAGGAGGUUUGGUUGAUAUGAAAUAACAUUUAGAUAGUUUAACAAGCAAAGCCAGUGGGCUUUGUUUUGAAUGCAAAUAUUCUUUACAGCUGCAUGCAAAUAAAAUUCCAAUGUGUUUUUUUAUUCUAAGAACGAGAGCAUAAUGGCUGAAUAGUUGAAGUCCUUUUUCAUAAAAAGAUACAUAUCAGGGCAGCUGCAUUGAUGGACAGAGGCAAGAAAUUAUUAUAAUAGUAUCCAAUUAGGUUUUUCAGCUACCAACAUUGUUGCUCUUUUACAGGCAUCUUGUGAAGGUGCUGUUGAGGUUGAUACAGAAUGGUUGCUGUUUUCAUCUCUUUAAAACUGAGGUAGCUAGAGCAGUGCAGGCCCUUUAUGCAUAUACAUAUCACAUUAGGACAGAUUUUCGUUAACAUUGCUUGCCUUAGUUUCAGUCUGCCAUUGAGUUAGAAUAGUCACUAUACAUGGGGAAGGUCAGAAGAAAAUUCAAGUGAUCUGGUUGAAGUCAGCAGUACCUACAGGAGAGACAGUGAUUUAUACCACUGCAGUUUCAGUAAUGCCCAAAAUCUUUGUUCAGAUUUCUCUAAUGUCAACUGUAGAACAAAACAUAAAUGAUGAUAAAAGGCAGACUUUACAGUCCCAGUGAAAUGGAGGGAUAUAGGAAAUGGAGGCAUAAAAACCUGAAAAUGGUGCCUCCUAAUUUUCCCCACAAUAUGAACUUUUAUCAGUUUGUCUGCUAACAGGUAGCUUCAUUUGCAUUUCUUCUACUCGGUGCAACUGUUGUUCUUCUUUAUUAUGUCCUAUUAGAAGCAGGCUGAGUGCUGUGAAUGCUGACACUGAGAAGGACUUCAACAGUUUGUAUAUUUUGGAUGUGGCCAAUUUAAGAAAAGGUUUUGACAACAGAUCUUUUCUAAAUGUUAAAGAAUUUAAAGCAAAUGGCUCUUAAAAUUGCCAAUUUUGCCCCUUCCUCAAUGGUGUUUAAAAAUUUACAGGUAUUCUAUUUUUCAAUAUAAUUAAUAUAAUAUGAUAUCUAUACUUUUGCUUUAUUUUCUUUUUAAUUGCUGUUUCUUCUCCCAGUCUCUCUAUGUGCACAUGAAACCUCUCUGUAAGCAUGGACCUGUAUACCUCUCUCACUCUAAUGCCUCUUUUAAUUGAAAGGGUGUGUCCAAUUCAGGCACUGCACGCUGCCCCAGUUUCAUCACAUAUUUUAAAAUCCAGUACUCCCCAUAGCCCCACUACUGCACUCACGGAGCUGUGUGAGGAUCUCAGAAUGAUGUACAUGUCAGCACUGCAACACUAAACAUUGGAGUAGCCCUUUCGGUGUGUGAUUUUUGGAUUUUUGGAGCUGAUUUUCUUGGGAGGAGGGCUAGAGGAGCGCCACUCCUGGUUUUAGACUGUAAGGGUAAAAAAAAAACCACUAAAAUCUGUUCCACCUUAGAGGACUACUAAAAGACAAUACAAAUGGUACAAAAGACUGGACCUCAAGUGAGACAGAUACUGUAUUGUUUGGAAAGCUCAACUGUGAUUUCAUCUCUGCUGGACCGGCUCUAGUGAACCUCUCUGUAUAGGAGUAAGACACCACUCCGCUUCCCAGCAGUGACUUCUUUAGCCAGCUCUGGUUACUGCUCCAGUGCUUGAUCACUGUGCUGCAACAAGAGGGUUAAUCCUGCUGGCUUCGCUCCAGGGUUUGUGCUGUCCAGAAGAGAUGGGAGAAGGGGAGGGGGAAUCCAUCAUGUCUUUACUGGCAUUUUACUUGUGGCUGCAGCCUUGUCUGUAUGGAAAAGUUGCACCAGUUAAAUUAAAUAUGGCGUUCUAUGUACUCCAGACUCUGUAUGGACACAUAUACUGGGCUUACAUGAGGGAUUUAUAUAUUUGUUAAGCUUAAAGUGUUACCUGUCCCCCUGAGAGAGCAGUCUUGGAAAAUGUUCUGUGAGAGAAGCCAUAUUUGAGCUCAGCUGCUUGAAGAAAGGGGAAUAUGGAGGAACAGGUGAAACAGCCAGGAGAAAUUGGCCCUGAGACAGUACAAAGGAUCAGAAAGGAACUAUAUUUAUGAUAGUAAGAACUACAGAAAGAGCAGCAAAGGAAACACCAAAGCACAGCAAAUGAAGAAGGAAAAUUCUGGCAAUUCACCAUAACCACCUUGUCCAGGAAAGGCCUGAAGCUUGUGGCUGUCACCAACCAAUAGCAAAGAGCUCACUGAUUUCCUCUUCUUGUGGUCAGUUCUUCACAGUGCUGAACUGAUUUGAAGGAGCUGAGUGGGUAUUAAUCAGAGUUUCAUGGACUAUCUUAGUGCAUUUUGUGACUGCAAGACUGUAUGCCCUCUAAGCACUGCCUUGUUGAUUUGGAAAUAGAGGGGUGAAGAAUUCUUCAUUUUUGUAGAUGGGACAACGGAAAGCAUGACUAUGAGUCAAAAAGAGACAAAUUGUGUCCAAGCUGCUGCACUUUGCAGUGUUUGCACUUCUGCAGUGGGUUGGAUACAAAGUCAGAUGUGAAUCUCCAAAAAUUGGGGAUAGAUGGAUCAGGCCUUGAACUCAUGUCCCUUCCCUCUGAUGACCUCAGCAAAACCUGCAGAACAACUGCAGGAUGAUGCCAGACCUCAGGUAUUAGUGGAGCCCAUCAGCAGUGUGGGACCCAAGAAAAUUCAUUUCAGCCCCAAUUCACAUGACUAGUAGUCCUGCAUUAUUGACAUGAUACAUUCACAUAUCUUACAGCAGUUCAUUAAUUUCUUAUCAGUCAGAUGUAACUUAAUGCCCAGUUACCGUGAGGAUAUGUGAAGGCCAAGAAGACAAAGAAGGAAAGGGAAAGAAAUCAGUAGGAAUUUAAAUGCUGGUCUAAGACCUAUACAAAUAGUAUGCCUCAGGAUCACUCACCCGUCUGCUGAGACACAGAAGUCUCUGGGGUGAAAUGCAUCAGGUGAUUUUAAUUUCUAGGAAGGCCAGUUUUGUGUCUUAUCCAUGCUACUAUCACUAUAGCAUCUCUGGUAACAUAAUGGGAUCAGUACCAACUGGGAAGGAAAAUAACUUUUUGCUGAAUCACUGUCACUGCUUCUGAUCUUAGGUAAACACCUACAAGCAUUGGAGUCAGCACUUAGGGAAUAUGUGUUUCCUUUAUGAGUCACCCACGUCUUUUACUGCAGCACAGUUCGUCACACCAUACUGUGGCCUUGAUACCUGAAUUUUUAGAAGGAAGAGUGCUUCAUCUUGAGUCAUCAGCUGUAGAUGUCCCCAGGAUACCCUGUGAUGGAGGACAGCAGCCCACAAAUCACAAGACAGCAACUGGGUGAAUGAGAAGGGAAGGUGCAGAAGGAUGUUAAUUUUUCAUAUCUCCUAGCUGUGAGGGCUGUCCAACUACCUUUGUCAAUGUCAUGGGGCAAGGAUGGGGGGAAAAAAAACAAGAUUCUUUUCUGUCUCAAAAAGCAAACCGAUUAAACAGUUGUGAAUCCAGUAGACAAUUAGGAGAGCUAGGAGGACAUACUUCAUGCCAGAUGGAGGCCUGCAGACACAGAGCCACAUCUCUUGAAGAGUGUGCCUGGACUGCAAGAGGAAAAAGGGGCGUUCUCAUGCCAUUGUGCUGCGGCUCCCUCCGGUGUCCACCGCGAGCAAGAGCAGCAUGAUACCUCCAGCUAUUUCUCCGCGGCUUGUCUGGCCUGUAAAAUACUGAACUGCUUCUUAGCCAGCGAUUCCAUCACCAGGAGCAUCGACCAAGCUCUCCAAAUGGAGGCGUGCUGCUAGCACCACGGGUCUACCCACACCGAGCUGCUGGGGGAGGACACAGUCUUCCAGUUUGAAAGAAGGAUUUAAAGCUCAGAAGCAAUCAGCAGAAACUUUGCCCAAGAUCGGUUGUGAAUCCUGUGCUCUGUGGGAGAUGGUGGUACAUCAGCACAUCGGUAGACCAAAACAUUUGGCAUCAAUGAAAGUUUCCUAAUAAAUGUGUUCAAAACUCACAAAGUCUUCAGGAUGUUUUAGUUAUCCCGUUAAGCAGUAACAGAGGCUUGAAUGACAACACAGAAGUACAGAGAAAAACAAAAACCAAACCAAGGUGUGUGGAGUAUUGUAACCCAAACAUACUGAUAUGUGGACUUCCAGUAAAAGCCAAGAAUCUUAGAGGAUUACUCAACCUGAGGUGUGGUUAUAACUUCCAUCACAUUCUUUUUGUUGUGUAAUGACCUCACCAGCGUUUCCAAUGCACCCAGUUUUAGCUGGUCUCUGAAAGUGCAAAUGUUGGUGUCUCGCUCCAGUGAAACAGUGCAAUGCUGUUUGGCUCCAGAAGGCUGUCCUGGUACCAGGGAAAUUCCUAGCUUUCCCCAUCCCCUCUGUCCCUCCUCUAGUACAGUCCAUCAAUGGUGCAUCCUCCAGGGGCCUUGGGAGGACCAGAAAUAAGAAGGAGCAGUCAUUUCCCUCUUGAGCACUACCACACCCAAUGCUCAGCCACUAUCAGGUAAGAAGUGGUGACAUCAGUUAUGUCACAUGUGGGCAAAACUCUUCUGAGUCUCCUGUGGCAGAGAGGACAUAGUGAGAAUUUCCAUUAGUAACUUUGUAUAAAGCAUUAUAGAAUUUUAUUUCUAGUCUGCAUUUAGUUGAGAACAAGCUAACGAUGAGCCUUAGGGGACACAGCUUUCCCCUACAAGGUUUCAUUGCUAGAUGAGAGAGGGAGUGGGGUCAUUUCCUAGAUUUCUCCUUGCCUUCAGGACUGAGACUGUGCCUUGAAGCUCAUCCACUGCCUCCUCAGAUCCAGAGGACUAGUUACAGAAACAACAAAGGGAAAAUAAGUCAGCAAAAGCAACAGGAGAUGAGGGAUGCAGGGGCUGUUGGAGGAAGGGUUAGGGGAGGGUGGUUAUUCUGUUGGGGCUCAUAAAAUGCAGAGUGGAGGCACAGGGGAGUCAGGAGGAUGGCAGUGAAGGUCAGGUCCCAUUCUUCCCUUCUCAGUUUGUCUCCCUCACUUUCCUACUUUUUUACCUUUUUUUUUAAUUUUUUUUUCUAUUUUUUGCACACAGACAGGCAGCGCCGCUGCAGAACGGGCCCCAUGGGCGGUACCUGCUCCCCGUGCCCCCUCCCCGCCACCAGCCUGGUCCAGGCGGGAGCCCCUUCCCUCCAUCCAGCCGGGAGGCUCCAGCCCCGCCCUGGCGGGGCAGCGGGGUGAUGUCACCGCUGCUGCUGCCCGUCGAUUGCCCGCCUGCCCCUCGCCGUGUGCCCCCGCCCUGUGCCCCCCGUCCCGCCGCCCGCGCUCGGUCCCCGCGGGACACGGCUGCUCCCACCCCCCCAUCCUAAAUUGUAUUUUUGAAGACAACCAAAAGGAGAACGUAUUCCGGGUGUGGCUGCAUGUGAUUUACCCAAUAGCUAAAGUGGGGGGGACGCUGAAGGGGAAAGACAGAACGUUUGCUGCCGAAGGGAGUGGAAGCUGAGGGCUGCAGGAUGAAGAACUCUGGAACCUGUAUACUGUUGUGUCUCUUGGCACUCUUCUUGUCCCCAGCUGACUGGUUUCCAUGGGUGGUCAAUGGGCAAGAACCAGAAAGUGCAACUGGUGAUGUUACCCCUGCCUCUCUUCUCAGCAGCCCUGCUGCAGCUGUUACACCACCUGCAGUUCCUCCUUCCGUUCUGUCUGACAGUGAAACUGCAACGGCUUCAUCAGAUUGUCGUGAAGAAAAGUUCCCUUGCACGCGCCUGUACUCUGUUCACAAACCAGUAAAGCAGUGUAUCAGCUACCUCUGUGUUACAAGUGUGCGUCGCAUGUACAUAAUAAACAAGGAGGUGUGCUCUCGCAUUGUCUGCAAGGAGAAUGAGGUCAUGCAAGAUGAGAUCUGUCGCCAGCUGGCUGGCCUUCCUCCUCGACGUCUCCGCCGAUCUGGGCAACCCCUGCCUCUCCCUUGCAGACAGCUCCUGGAGCAGCAGCAUGGAAGGCCUGAUGCUCUGUGAGCUCCCAACAGCAGGAGAGGAAAAGGAAGGAAGAGAAGAGAAAUCCUCACCCACUACCUACCCAAGACAAGUCCUUCUUGUUUGUGAUUUCCCCACCAUUUUCUUGCUUCUAUGCCUUCCCCUACAUUCUCUUCUUCAGGUGCUGCAGUACACAGAGUACUCUGCUAGUCUGUUAUGGUGGCUGUCAUCAUCUUUAAAAUCUGUUGCUGAGGAUAGGAGAUGCUCCCUCCUUUCCCUCUGUCUGGCAGGCCACGAGCUGCUCAUUUCCCAGAGGUCCUUAUAAAUGUGCUGCAUCUUCUCUUGCUUUGUCCCUGGAGGGAUAUUCUGUAUGGGGACAGGAUGUAGUCCUCUCCAGUGGUAGAGAUGCCCUAAGCUGCAUUUCAUGUGGAGGAGUACAAACUAGGACUAGGCCCUAGGACUCCUGCCCUUUCUUUCUUGCAAUGGCAUCAGUAUGAGCUCAGAUAUUGUUAGUCAGCCUGAGCCUCUCUGAUUCUCCUGAGCCACUGCGUUUGUUGUGUGAUAGCACAAUCUCCUCCUUGUGUCUGCUGGCAUCAGAGAAGUGACAGAAAUGGGAGAUGAGCUAUCCUGAACCCAAGGCAAACCUCAUUGCCCCUGGAUGGCAACAGAUCAUUUAUAACUCCCUCUGGGAAGUUCUUUGUCCCAUUGCCUCCCUCACACACAACUGCUACCGAAAGGAAGAAUUCUGGAUUUAGUAUGGCAUUAUAUUUUCUCGAGAAGAUUAUGUUGGAACAGAGUGCUGCCUCUUACACUCCCUCGUCUCCUCUCCCCUGUUCUUGUCCCUCCCUUCCCAUUGAAGACAUCUCUUGAUGUCCAUUCCAGGCAAGUUCCACAGAGCAGUAAUUAUGGCUGUCUCCACUCCUAAGCCCAAGAAAGCCCAUGAAGAACCUGCGUGUCCUGACAGUACAGGGAACUUGCAAUGAAUUAGCUUGUCCUGGUGUCUUGUCUUGGUCUGGCUACCUCCACACUCUCCAGUUGCUGAGCUUGCUUUCAAUAUCUCCACUUGAGUUCCUACCUCUUGACCUGGAAGCUUCUGCACAAAGCAGAAAGGAGUCACAAACUGGAAUCAGAUGUGAGAGAAGAAUCAUUAUCUGGGAUCCCUGGUUAUCAGGGACCUGGGAUUUUCCUGCAGGUUCUCUGACUUUGCUGACCUGUACAGAACCAGGUGCUGAUGGGGAAGGUAAACAUAUCUGCAGAUAUAAGUGCUUAUAGACGCAGGCCAGCCUGGGGAGAACAAUUACUCUGGUAGCACUGGAUGUCUGGUCUGCUCAGGAACUUUGUAUUUCAGAUAUAUGGAGAACAUUUCCAGGUAUAUGGGCAGUUUACAUGAUGACACUGGGUAGGGUAAGUGGGGAAGAGCAGUCUGAACUGUAUUAAUUAUUCUGUGUGACUCUCAGUGGCAUGAUUCUGUGAGGCACCGGAGCACUGCAGCAGAUCAGCAAGACCCUGUCUCUAGGACCUCUGUGUUGUUCCCAACUAACAGAGAGCCAGUUCGCCAGAUUAGGCAUUCACCCCCAUCACAUAAUAUACUCUGCUGAUGAACAGAGUACCAUUCACCCUUGCAGAGACACUGCUCUCCUGCACAGAGCCAGGAUCACACAAUAUCAGGGACAGUUUGCUGCACAGAGGCAGAUGUCUCUUGAGAAAAAGAGUAAAACAAGUAAGACCCUCUCACCUGGACUAGGAUUUCUGCUGUAUGCGUCAAUAAGCUGUUUACAUCCACUCUGUAGGAGAAGACACCCUGUGCAGACAGAUUUGUUCCAUAUGAGGUCAAAAUUGUCCAUAGACGGGCUAAAUCUCUCUGUAUUAAGCCAGUACACAGGAGAAAGAAUUUCAAGUUAUGCAGUGUCUGGAAUUUCAUCCUAUACAUAGGAGCAUUGCACCCCUACUCAGGGAAUGAUGCUCCUCCUCAGUCUAGGCUCUGGAGACUAGGUAUGGAGGAGGAAUUUCUCUGUGCUGAGAGAGUGCAUGUUUCUGUAGAAAGGAGGUCACUGAGAGCUUGAUCUCACAGAAAUUCAAGCCACUGGCAGCCACUGACUUCCAUGAUGGGAUACCUCUGAAAAUUGCCUGUGUGGAGGAAGGUAGGAUGGAGACGAGAUAUUAGAGGGACAUCUUGGAAAUUGGACUAGGCCAAGUCUCCACUUUGUAUUUAGAGUUGACUAUAAGUUGAUAUAGAUAUAUAGCUGUGUAACAUAGCUCCUGUACAGCAUAUAGAAAUUAAACAUUCAUACAGUUUGGGAAGUAGUUAGAAGCCUUUCUGUUGCUUGCUUUCAGCAGGGUCAGGAAGAGGUGCUCCUGUCCAGGAGAACAUUGUUUUAAUGCUAGAGUCUAUAUAAUGUGUAUUAAAGGAAAAUUUAUUUCCUAUUAUUCUUGGCAA